AAUUAGUCAGUGUUAAACAAAAUGGCGAUGGACGCUCGUGAUGUGAGAGAAGGUGAAAGACAUUCUCGAUAUUUAUUUAUCUUUAAAUAAUAUAUAUACAUGUUUAACAACAUUAAAAUAUAACUUAAAUGAAUGACUUCAUAUUCUGUAUAUAAUUUUGCUAUGGAAGUGAGGUUAAUACCAUUCAGAAGUCGUUAAUUUCAUGCUCCACUUUAGAAAAUCAGCAGUUUAAGUUGCAAAAUGACGACGGACUACAGUCGCAGUGUUCUGCGACUUGUCGUGGCUCAAAUGUGCCAAACUGUCGGUUGGCAUUCCAUUAAUUCCACUCCUUUGGAAUUUUUGGUUGAUCUCAUGCAUGAAUAUCUUCUGCGAAUAUCAAGACUCACACAUCAAUAUUGUGAAGUUGUGGGAAGAACGGAACCAAAUCUCGACGAUUUGGGAUUAGCUUUUCGUCAUAUGAAUAUUAAUAUUGAAGAAUUAUCGGAAUAUGUGAGAAAUGUUGAUUCAAUUCCAUGUCCGAUUUCAGUACCAAAACUUCCUAUACCUAGAGAAAAUCAUUUGAAUUUUUUGAAGCCCGGUAGUCGUGAAGUUGUAACUAGACCCGUACAUGUUCAUGAACAUUUACCGGCAAUGUAUCCUGAAACUGAAGAAGAUUAUCCCACGGAGAAAUCGGAGAUAAAUUUAACAAACGGUGUAUCGGAGUCAACGGAAUCAAAUGGAUUACCAGCAGGUGUAUCGGACAAUUUAACAGCUCACGGAAUGUCACCUCAAGGAGUAUUCAAACGUCCCGGUGAUCCAGUUUCAUUUGAAAGUCCAAUAACAAAACGGCCAAAAUUAACCGAGGAGGGAAGACCAUUGCGCGAGAUUCACAGUGUCAUGAUGACGACAUCAGGAUUUUUGUCACCAGCACGUGAAGGUAAACUCCCUGAAGCUCGUACUCCUCAACAGGUACGAUCUGAUUCGCCCCCACCCAGUUCUUAUCCCAUGGUUCCACCAGAAUUAAAGUCUGACAAAAAACCAAAGAAAAUCAUCAAGAAAACACCAGAGGCACGUAAAUUGGAUAAAGAAAAUAAAAAGAAAAAUCGUGCUAAAGAACUAUUUAAACCGGACGAGGUGAAAAAGCUCACUGGCAUGAAGGAAUUGGCCAAAUUAAAAGCAUUAAAGCCAGGUGGCGGAAAAACACCUGGACCAUCAGGUACACCAUCAACGACAAAAACACCGCAAUCUAAAAAUACCGCCAGUCCUAAGUCGCAAAAAAUUCCAUCAAAAGUGAAAACAGAAAAAAUUAUCGAAAUCCCAUCAAAUGUCAUUACACCACUGCCCGAUAAAAAACAAGAUAUUGAUAAACUUCCAUCCGAACCUGACAAGCGAAAACUCAAUAUAUUUAAAAAGAUUUCCAAACCCGAGAAAGAAACAGAAAAACACAAAGAUUUAAAAAUCUCGAGAGAAAAUUCGCCAAUCGAUAUUGGCGAACGUAAUCAAAUUGACAGCGGUGAAAUAAAACGUGAGGAGAAAAAAACUCCACACACACCUGAUGUUGUACUCCCCGUUGGUGAUGCAUCUGAAUUUCAAAGUCCCGCCACCUAUGCUUACACAUUCGAUAAUAUGUCACCUCCCGGUACGCCAAGCACUCCAAAAACUCCCGAACUCAGCCUCCCAGUGCCCGUGGAGCCAAAGAAAAAGAAACGUGAACGAGUCACCAAGAAAAAAGAACCAAAAGUCAAAACACCCAAAUCAACACUCAAUUCUAAAAAGGCAAAAAUGAUGGUGGAACCAUUAGAAAUGGAUAUAAUGGAUAGAUCUAAAUCUCAAAUCCCUCAACGUCCUGAUUCUCCUCCCCAUCAUCAUCAUCAUCAUCAUCCACCACCUCCAACUCCUCAACCACCUCCCAUAUUACGUGAACCACAUAAUCUUUUACCAUUUUCAUUUUUUCCACCAUUUCCAUCUCCAGGUCUCAUUCCACCUCCAAUUGGACAUCCAAUGUUUCCACGUUUUCCUCUCCCACUUCCCAAAGGUAUAACACAUUCACAUCCAGGUAUGGCGAAUUUACCGAUACCACCACGGUUUCUUAAUCCACCAAUGAAACUUGAUGAUUAUUCAAUGGUGAAAUCGAAACCAGUGGAACGUGAAAAAACAAUUGUCCCAUCGCAUUAUGCGCCAAUUAUUCCGCCGCCAUCCGUUAAAUCCGAAAAACUAGAGAAAGAAAAAAUUGAAAAAAUCAAAUUACCGGAUAAAGAAUUAAUAUUACCUGUUGCUUCACCAGUAGUAUCAUCACCUGUGAUAAAUACACCAUCAAUUAUUCCUCCUUUGGCAUUGCCUAUUGUACCAUCAGUGCCGAUUAAACAUGCAAAAUUGGAAAAACUCGAUAAGAAAUCAAAGGAGCAUAAAAAAGAGAAAAAAGAUAAAAUCAAGAAAAAGAAGGACAAAAAAGAGAAACACAAAGAGAAGGGUGAAAAAAUAAAGAAGGAAAAAAGUGAAAAGAAGGAGAAAUUGGAGAAAAUCAAAGAGAAAAAGGAGAAACGCGAAAAGCGCAAGGAGAAAGAUUUAAACAAAAAGACUGUGAAAGAAGAAAAGGCUGUAAUUCCACAUGAAAUUGGAGUUCCAAAACUCACCCUCAAAUUGGGAACAUCAUCUCCAAGACCUCCCACACCCGAUGCUGCUCCAAUGAAAAAAAUAACAAUAAAGCCAUUAUUGAAGAAACCAGAAGAUGAGACAAUGAAAAGAGAGCCAAGUCCAGAAUUGGCGAAAAUCUCGGCACUUGUUACACGGCCGCCAAAACAGAAGGCACCAAGUAAGAAAACAGAGGAGGGCAAUUUAGACCUAUAUCCCGCUCUCUCUUCAGAAUCUUCUUUUUCUUCUAGUUUAUCACUUUCAUCCACUCCUCGAAAAAGACCUAUAUUUAAACCCCUUGCAUCACCUCCUCCUUAUUCCUAUCCUAAAACUCCAAGUCCUCCAUUGCAGCAGCAGCAAUCAACAUUUUUCUAUGUUGAUGAAAGUGGAAAUCAAAUUUGGAUUUGUCCUGCGUGCGGAAGUCAGGAUGAUGGAUCACCAAUGGUAGGAUGUGAUGAUUGCGAUGCUUGGUAUCAUUGGGUAUGCGUUGGUAUGCACAUACCGCCAGCAUCAAAUGAAGAUUGGUAUUGUCGUCAGUGUCUAUCGAAAAAACAGGAACUUCAUCAUGAUAAGAAAAAGAAGAAGGGCAAAAAGAAAAAAGUGAAAAUGCCUGCCUAGUAUAAGCUAACCGGGCCCGGGAUAAGGCCCGGUUUGUCAUCAGUUACAAAUCCCAUGAAAGCAAAAACAAAAACCAACAAGGACGCUAUGAAAAAUUUGAAAGGUAAGAAAGUCACUAAAAAAGAAAUGAAAAUGCACAUGAAGGGAAUGAAAGUAAAAGCAAAUAAAAUUGACAUUAAAGAUAAGAAAAGUAUCAUUAAAGUAAAAAAUACGAAAAAACUUAAGAAACUCAAAAAUCCUAGUUCCGAAUUUAAAUCUCAAUAAUAAUCCAAAAAAAAUUUUGAUGUAUUAUCAUUAUGUAUCAAAGAUAAUUAAUUAAAUUUAAAAAAUAAUUUGAAUUUGAAAAAGAUAAUUUAGAAUUAAUUAAAAAUUUAUUUGGUUUUGAAAAAAAACUCAUUUUGAAAUAUAAAACAAUUUUCAAAAUGAGAAAAAUGUAAACCGUUUUUGCUUUCAAAAUAACUUGUUAAAUUUUAUAUAAUUGUUUUACGUCAUGUAAUCUGUUUUCUUGUAAAUAAUAUUUAAAAAAAAGGAUGUGUCUCAUUAUUGUUAUUAAGAGAUAAUAGAAAUAGAUUGUGUACAUAUUACUUAUUAUAGUGUUAUUAAAAAUCGUCAACAAUCAAGUA